UCCCGUCCCGACUCGUUACUUACGGCGCCGGCACAGCACCACCGGCUGCGGGAAGGCAUGGAAGAGGAGCUCCGGCAUCACCACGCCCCCACCGUCAACAUCCAUGGCGAAGACGAAGAUGACGACCCGCCGGUGCUCAGCUCCCACGCUCUGGCGGCUCUGCAGGAGUUCCUCAGUGAGCAAAACCAGUCCCCGGCUCCCCAGACCGCCGAGGAAGAAGCUGAAGAAGAUGUAGCGCUCGUGUCGGAGGACUGGCGGCUGAGCCAGUUCUGGUACGACCGCGAAACCGCAGAGACGGUGGCCAAUGAGGUCCUGUCCCUCUGCGUCGCCUCUGGCUCCCCCCGCCGCGUCGCUUGCAUCGCUUGCCCCACCCUCUACGCCUAUCUCAAAAAAAUUGACCCCAGUGUCGCCGCGCAACUUCUCGAGUAUGACCAAAGAUUCGGUCAAUAUGGGAGUGACUUUACGUUUUAUGAUUAUAACCAACCGGAAGAGUUGCCAGUAGAUCUAAAGCAUGCAUUCGAGAUCGUGGUUGCUGAUCCUCCUUAUCUUAGUAAGGAGUGCUUGGAGAAGGUUGCUCAGACAAUAUCUCUCCUCGCGAGCCCCAAAGAUUGUAGCUUGCUCCUACUCACAGGUGAGGUGCAGAGGGACAGGGCUGCUGAACUAUUGGGACUGUGGCCAUGUGUUUUCCGACCUCAGCACACCAGCAAGCUUGGGAACGAGUUCCGUCUGUUCACAAACUAUGACCCGGGGUUGAGAUUAGGAGGAUGGGAACCCGAAAAGUAAGGUUCUUAUGUCUCUAUGAAUCUAGAUUGAUGGAUCUUUUGCGGGUUGUAACAUUUGCAGUUCUCUGCCGAUGCCAUGCCAUGUAGCAAACUAAGAGCAUAUCAUCAUCAUGUAUCAGUUUCAUGCCCUAUAUUCUGCUUCUAAUUUCGCUUGUCCUACUACCUUUUCGAUAA